UCUGUAUUCAUUUCUUAUUCACCACUCCAAAUAAAAAUCUUUAUCUCUUCUCUUUCUCUUCCUUUACGUUAUUCAUCAAUUUUCAUCUCUUCAAUUAUGGGUCCACUCGUAUUGAGCCAAUUAGCCACCGGUUUAAGCGUCUUAGCCGGAGCGGUUCUUGUUAAAUCGGUUUUAGAUCAAAAACCUAUGGCCGGUCCAUUUCCUCGAUGUCCUAGCUGUAACGGAACCGGUCGAGUUCCUUGUUUAUGUUCGCGUUGGUCUGAUGGUGAUGUUGGUUGUAGUACGUGUUCCGGUUCGGGUCGGAUGGGUUGUAGCAGUUGUGGUGGGUCUGGAACCGGUCGACCUUUACCUGCGAGAGUCACGAUACGGCAAUCAAACCGCCCUUCUUAGUUGACCGGUUCGGUUUAGAAUCUGUUUGUUCGUUAGUAACAUUUUAUACUUAUUUUUUAUUUUAUUUUUUUUACUUUUUAAUUAUAUCCCGAAUUCAUCGAUCGUCAUAUAGGUAUUUGUGUAAUAUAAAGUGCAAAUUUGACACUUGAAAUAGAAGAGAGAAAAAGGGAUAUUAUUAUGUUGUAAGUAAAUUACUGUAAGUAUGAAUCUUGAUCAUCAUCAUCAUCAUCAUAUAAUUUUGAUUAA